AGUUUGUAAUUUUUUCUGAAGAUUUCUGAUCAUUUUGAUAUCGCUUUACACUUUGUGUGCAGAUCUGCUUUCAGUUGGUGUUUUUAUAAAGGCAGAAGAGCUUCAGUGAGCGCUAUUUUCACGAGGAACACUCUGAUGUCCCAUCUUUGUCCUAGACCUGAAACACAUCUGGAGGAAAGCAGGCUGUCUACGUGUAGUUAGCCUGUUAGCGACUGCGUAAAGAUGCAAUUGGCUCUUAGUAAAACGUUUGGCCAGAAGCCAGUUAAAUUUCAGUUAGAACAAGAUGGGGACUUCUACAUGGUUGGGUCCGAGGUUGGAAACUAUCUGCGUAUGUUCAGAGGCUCUUUGUAUAAAAGAUACCCAUCUUUAUGGAGGAGGCUGGCCUCAGUGGAGGAGAGGAAGAAAAUUGUAGCGUCGUCACAUGCCACCAGUGUCACUCUGCUCAAAGCAUCAGAGUGUGAAGAGAUCUUCGAGGGUAACGAUGAGAAAUACAAGGCGGUGUCCAUCAGCACAGAGCCCCCUGCUUACCUCCGGGAGCAGAAAGCAAAGAGGAGCAGUCAGUGGGUCCCCACGCUGCCCAACAGCUCCCACCAUCUAGACGCUGUGCCGUGCUCCACCACCAUCAACCGCAACCGCAUGGGACGAGACAAGAAAAGGACCUUCCCACUGUGCUUUGAUGACCAUGACCCUGCAGUGAUCCAUGAGAACGCAGCCCAGGUAGAGGCUCUGGUUCCCAUUCGUCUAGACAUGGAGAUAGAUGGACAGAAGCUGCGAGAUGCCUUCACAUGGAACAUGAAUGAGAAACUGAUGACUCCAGAGAUGUUUGCAGAGAUUCUGUGUGAUGACCUGGACCUGAACCCUCUGGCCUUCGUCCCCGCCAUCGCCUCUGCCAUCCGACAGCAGAUUGAGUCCUACCCCACUGACAGCAUACUAGAGGAGCAGGCAGACCAGAGAGUCAUCAUCAAGCUGAACAUCCACGUGGGGAACAUCUCUCUGGUGGAUCAGUUUGAGUGGGACAUGUCAGAGAGGGAGAACUCCCCAGAGUCUUUUGCUCUGAAGCUCUGCUCUGAGCUGGGUCUGGGCGGAGAGUUCGUCACCACCAUUGCCUACAGCAUCCGAGGUCAGCUCAGCUGGCACCAGAGGACCUACGCCUUCAGUGAGAACCCGCUGCCCACAGUAGAGAUCGCCAUCCGCAACACAGGCGAUGCAGACCAGUGGUGCCCCCUGCUGGAGACCCUCACAGAUGCUGAGAUGGAGAAGAAGAUCCGAGACCAAGACAGGAACACAAGGCGUAUGAGACGACUGGCCAACACUGCCCCCUCCUGGUAGAAAGUGGCAUUAAGCUGUAUCAGAUGACAUGACCUCUGGAGGCUCCUGUUACUUUGAAAUGGUCAAGCAAACGUACAUACACACACACACACACACACACAGGUCAUCCACAAAGCAUCUGGACGUUCCUGUAAGCAUGAACGCAUUCACACACCUGCCUUUCAUCUACACACACACACACACCCACACACACACACAAGCAUUCCUCUGCUCACACACACACGCUCUACCAUCCUCAUGUUUCAUUUUGCCUUCUGCACAUCAGUCAUGGCAACAUUUAUGUGAGGAGUGUUCACAGACGCUCUGCAUCACAGUUCAACACACUGAGCUUAAUGUAACUGUAUGAAUGGUGUGUGACAUCAUACUGAUCGGGACAGCAUGUGUAUGACAUCACCACGGUAACUGAAAGCUUCCCUCUUCUAUCACAUCUAUGGAUUAGAGGUGUGUUAUUUUCACUGGCUACCAUGGCAACAUUGGUGAUAACUACUAACAUUAACCACGAUGUGUUCACAGCCCUGCACUGACAGUCAGAUAGAAUGAAGUCAUUAUUAAUAUGAAAGCAAUUUUAGGUCAAAACAUCUGCUGUGAAGAAGGCGGUUAGCAUUGUCAAACUGAUCGCAGACAUCAGUAAUUUGUUGGUGGAUUUUACCCCAUAAAAGAGAAAAUUACUCCGCUUAAAACUUCAACACCAAAGCACAUGAAAACAGUUAGUGUGAAAGUGUUUGAGGGCUCUUUGUUUGACUUUGAGCCUUUUAUGAACACUUUAUAAAAGUCUGGAACUCCACAGACUUUAAGGACUUUAAGACUUAAAAGAAUAAACCCCAGUGCAUAGCGUGACAUGAUUUCCACAUUUGUUGAUCUUAUCAGGGAACCAACAAAAAACACUCCAAAGCCCCAUUUCACAAAAGCAAGUUUGUAGGCUGCUGUUUUCACUGAGUCAAAAAAAAAGCAUAAGAGUGAGGCAUCAUAGAUGAUUGUUUCUCAUCUCUCAUUCAUGCUGUUUUGUAAUGAGGGAUAAAAAGGCAUCAAAAUUGGAACGGAAGGAAAUCUCAUGGUAGUCUGGUAGUGUCAUUUUGUACUAAACAUGGUAAUGAUGGAAUCAAUUCUCCUUCUAACAGUGCAUCAGUGUUUUGAUUGGCUGGCUAAAUACAUCAGCACAAAGGUGAGUCUGAGCUGACAGGAAACAGAAGAGCAGAUAUUUGAGGACUAAAAGUGCUAACAUAGUAACUGUGAUGUCAGUAGCUGGACUGUAGAAUACACCAUUUGUCACUAGAAUGGUUGAACAAACUCGUCUACAAAGAAAAACACUAUCAGAUUCAUUUGACAUGUAGUAAUCUAAACAGUGUGCAUGUGUAAAAUCAACCUGGUGAUGUCACUGCUGUCCAGACAGGUCAUUGGACACCGUGGCUGGCAUUUGCAGCCAAUCAGAGAGUUGUUGUGGUUUUUAGUAUGUAGCCUCUGAGCUCUGAGCUCUGAUUCUGACGUGUUCCAUUCACCAGUGUUCAUCUGCAUGCUAAAACAUAGCUAGCUCAUACUGUUUGCUGUGCAUGAGGGAGCAGCUGUUCCCAUAGUUGUGUGUCGCACUGUGCCUCACACUGUCAGUGUCAGCAGACUGAAACCUCUGUGUCACUGCUGCUGUGGUCGGGUAGGACAGAGGAUUAAAAAAAAAAAAAAAAAACUAAGCUGACGUGAACCGAUGGUGUCUUUUAAAGUGAUGACUUUUCAACUUGAACUUACUCCAUAGAAUGAUGUAAACGUAUGUACUGACGCUUCUUGUUAUCUUGUUUUGUAAAAUUGCUUUACCUUUAUA